GAAUAAUUCAAAUUCUCAGUUAGGGAUAUCUGAUCUGAAUUACGGUAAAUUUGGAUUGAUUUUUGCAUCAUUUCAAGCUGGAUUUCCUUUUCCAAGAUUAGAGUUUUGACAUUAGAUCUUUGUUCAUCUCCUUCUUAAGAAGGAUUUGGGGGUGUUGAUCAGGGGUUCCUUUUUGCUUCUUUGGGAAAAGAAUGCGAAUCAGAAUACCAUCUUUUAGCUUUUGGACAUUCCUUGAAAGUUCUUAAAGAGAAGGGAAUAAGAAUUUACUUUGUAGGGGAGGUUUUGGGAGUUGGAUCGAGCUCCAGAUCAAACCAGGUGGUGGGCAAAUGUUUGGCGAGAUGGAGAGGAGUUGCUACCCGGCGUUCGAGAGUGGCGGAGUCGUGCUCUCGCGGGAUCCCAAGCCUCGUCUCCGGUGGACGCCGGACCUCCAUGAUCGCUUCGUCGACGCUGUCACCAAGCUCGGCGGCCCUGAUAAAGCAACACCUAAGUCUGUUCUAAGACUAAUGGGCAUGAAAGGAUUGACACUUUAUCAUCUUAAAAGUCAUUUGCAGAAGUAUAGACUAGGAAGGCAAGCCAGGAAAGAGACAAGCCAAGGAGAGAGUAACAGUGGUAAUCCGAGUGGAACUAAGUUCUCUUCAACAACUACAACUAUGGGCAUCCUAAAACGGGUGGAAAUUCCAAUUGCUGAGGCUUUAAGAUAUCAGAUUGAAGUGCAAAGGAAACUAAAUGAACAACUGGAGGUUCAAAAGAAGCUGCAAAUGAGAAUUGAGGCACAAGGAAAAUACUUGCAAGCAAUACUGGAGAAAGCUCAAAAUAGCCUCACUUUUGAUGUGAAUAACACUGGAAAUUUAGAAACCACAAGAGCUCAACUUACUGACUUCAACUUAGCACUUUCAGGUUUGAUGGACAACGUAAGCCAAGUGUGUGAAUCCAAAACUGUUGAAUUAGGGAAGGAGAUCAGUAUCAAGAGGCCUCAUAAUUCUGCUUUUCAGCAUUACCAGGAUGGUGUAGCAGAUGAAUCUCAUGAUACUAAAUUUGCUGCAAAUGGUACUUCUUUGGUGCUUGAUUUGAAUGUGAAGGGCAGCUAUGAGAUGUUUAGUGGAGGGAGAGGGACUGAGUUAAAUCUUUGCAUGCAUCCACAAAGAAGUUGAAGGAAGACCAAUCCAAUUAUAUUGUUAUUUUCUUUUAUGGUUAUCUAAAAAGUUUUGGUUGUGUAUAUGGAUAUAUAUAUAUAUGCUUCAUAGUUCACAAUAAGGAGAGUUGAUAUUUAUCAACAGGAAAAGUUUUAGGCGGUUAUCAUGUCUGUGGAUUAUAGUUUAAGUUCUGAGUCAGUUACUGUAGUUCAUGUUAACCUUUUUAUAUAUAUCAUCGUGAGUAUGACCUUUCCAA